AUGGCAUCGUGUUGCAAGGACUUAACCAAGGCUACCAACUGUGAAGAUGAGAAGGAAGGCCGGGUAGGCAAUCCUCCUUUAGCACGUUCAACUAAAGUGCGCUGUUGCAUAUCAACUGAUUUCAGAAAGUUCUACCACAGGGGUGAUCUGCCUGUUAGGGUGAUCAACAGCCGCAAGAUCCUCUGGACUGUACCUAUCGAAAGUUUGGAUUACGAUUUUUACCUGCCUCUCUUCUUUGACGGACUGGUCGAGUUGGAACAUCCUUUUGAAUUACUCGCCUACCUAGGAGCGUACGAAAUGAUUGAAAACACCAACGGCUGCAAAGUCAACCCUGUCCUAAGCAGGCUCAUCUUGCCGAUGAAAAAUGCGCUGUGCACGAGAAACUGCAGAGUCAUCAUGAAAGUUCUCAAACUCAUCCAAGUUAUGAUCGUCAAAGAAUCAGAAAUCGGCAUUUCUUUGGUGCCGUAUUAUCGCCAUCUAUUAGGAAUUCUCAACAUAUUCAAGAACAAAAAUGUGACGACAGGCGACUUAAUAGAGUUCGGCCAUCGCGACAACUUGGGCGAUUUGAUCAACGAAACGCUGGAGAUGAUGGAAAGAUGUGGAGGCGACAAUGCAUUCAUCAACAUCAAAUACAUGAUUCCUACCUACGAGUCGUGCUUCUAUUGUUCUAGGCGUUGA